AUGGCUAGAAUCUACAAGGACACGAGGGUGGACCUGCGGCCAUCCUCGUCUGCCACCGUUGCGAACGUUCACCUUUCCGAAAGCGCGCAUCGACGGACACGCUUCUCGAUCUCAUCGACCGACCACCCCGAAGUCUCGAUCGCCAAGGACGAAGACGAGUUCGCGAAACGGUACCUUGCAACGCAAGGAACGAUCUAUUUUCGCAAGCACAAGACCUACCCGAGGACAUUCUUAUGGCGUGUGGUGGACGACAGCAAGACCCUGGAGGUUCAAUGCGUGGACCUGACGAAGAGCGCCUCGGAGCAUUUCGAUUUCAAUGUGACCCUUCGAUUGCACUUCGCAGAGCAGAUUCUGCCAUCUGGCGUAGCCUUUGCCGAUUAUGAGGGCCACGAAGUCAUCAGUGCAUUUGUGAUCACCUCCUCGAGACAACUGUACACCUUGUCUUUACGACCUGAGUUCUUCCGGAAGGUAGAUUCAAUUGACAACAACAUCGCGGAUUGGAGCAAGUCAUGCGUCCCUGCGCCGCUCUCAUUUUCUCAACCUCAUCGACUGCACGCGAGCAGCCCGCUUGAACUAUUCAUUUCCUUGGACAAUGGCGCAUUGCUACGACUGACCCGACGAGCCGGGGACGAUGGUAAGCCUCCGAAAGCAAUGGCUUGGCGAUGUUCCUCCUUCUCCAUUACCUGUCUAAUAUGGAUUCAUAGGAUCUCAUUGGUCUCCUCUCACUUUCGAUGA